GCCUUCAAUUAUAUAAUUUAUACCUCCGUCUCCCUCUCUCUAGCGUUAACACCUUCUCCUCUCCUCUCAUCUCAACAGACAAAAACGCACGACAAUUGUUUUCUAUUUUUUAUUUUUAUUUUUUUUUGCAGCGUUGAAACCCAGACCCGGAAUCGCUGUGUUUCGAUGAUUGCAACUAAAAGACCAUUUUCGCAAGUUUUAAUAAACUGAUUUUAUUGGAUUUGUGUUGAUUGAAUCAAUUGUCAACAACUACAAGAAGAAAUUGGCGGACUGAAUACAUAACGGGUUGCAUUUUCCAAAUCCCGUGAAAAGAGGGACAAAGAAAAUUAUCAUUUUUGGGGCUGUUGGGACAGGAAGCAAUGUUGUCUAAGAGUGUUGACCAUCAUGCGGUCCCAUUAUCGGUGUUGUUAAAGCGGGAAUUGGCUAAUGAGAAGCUUGAGAACCCUGAGAUUUUGCACGGCCAGGCCAGCCAGAGCAAGAAAGGUGAGGACUUUACGUUCCUCAAGACAGAAUGCCAACGGGUAUUGGGUGAUGGAGUCACCACAUAUUCUGUUUUCGGGUUAUUUGAUGGUCACAAUGGAUCUGCAGCUGCUAUAUAUUCCAAGGAAAAUCUCUUGAACAAUGUCUUGGGUGCUAUUCCACCGGAUCUUAAUAGGGAUGAGUGGGUUGCCGCAUUGCCGAGGGCUUUGGUUGCUGGGUUCGUCAAAACAGAUAAAGAUUUCCAAGAAAGAGCACAAACUUCUGGAACGACGGUCACCUUUGUAAUAAUUGACGGAUGGGUCGUAACUGUUGCAUCAGUUGGUGAUUCUCGUUGCAUACUUGAAUCUGCCGAAGGGGGAAUAUAUUAUCUGUCAGCUGAUCAUAGACUUGAAUGCAAUGAAGAAGAGAGGGAACGUAUAACAUCAAGUGGUGGUGAGGUUGGUCGGCUUAAUACUGGUGGUGGCACAGAGAUUGGUCCUCUGAGAUGUUGGCCUGGUGGCUUGUGCCUUUCUCGAUCUAUUGGAGAUAUGGAUGUUGGAGAGUUCAUAGUUCCCGUUCCUUAUGUAAAGCAAGUGAAGCUGUCAUCAGCCGGUGGCAGGCUUAUUAUUUCAAGUGAUGGUGUUUGGGAUGCAUUAUCUGCAGAAACAGCUUUUGAAUGUUGUCGAGGGAUGCCAAUGGAUGCUGCAGCUUCACAAAUUGUCAAGGAAGCCUUAUCCGUUAAAGGACUUCGAGAUGAUACAACCUGUAUUGUUAUAGAUAUUCAACUUCCAGAGAAACCAAAUCCUCCCCAACCACCACCUAAGAAACAAGUGAAAGGAGUCUUUAAGUCUAUGUUUCGUAAAAAAUCUUCAGAGUCGUCGUCUCAGGUUGACAAGGAAGAAUACUGUGAACCAGAUGUGGUGGAGGAAUUCUUUGAGGAAGGAUCGGCUGCACUUUCAGAAAGGUGUGAUUGGUGCUAUGUUUAACUUAUUAAUAUUUUUGAAGUUGGUUUUGGACUAUAUUUUGAACAA